AGUAUGGGUAUUACUCAGCGUUGGAGUUAACAUACGAACGGAAUUAUUUAUAAGUACUACUACUACCACUGAAAGUCCUGUAACAAUCGAUUCUGUAUUCUCGAGAAUUUCAGGGGGGGGGAGUGUUGCACUUCGAUAUUCAUUUGUUUUCUGUUUGUUUCUGAUCUCGUGGUAGUGUUUUCGGAUGGCAGCACUAACGCAUCAAAUGCUGGUUUCUGAAAAUGGCCGAUGAACAGGAGGUGCGGCAAUUGGAGUUACUUUGUAAACAACUCUACGAAUCCCAGGAUUCAAAUCAUCGCGCUGAAGCUGAGAAGGCAUUAGUUGGUUUCCAAAAUGCACCAGACACUUUGGCAAAGUGUCAGCUUCUGCUCGAAAGGGGAGACUCUUGUUAUGCCCAGUUAUUGGCUGCUACAACUCUCACUAAACUUGUUUCAAGGAGUGCACAAGGUCUGAGUUUACAGCAGAGAGUUGACAUACGUAACUAUGUUUUAAACUAUUUGUUUACUCGUCCGAAGCUACCUAACUUUGUAAUUCAAGCACUAGUUACAUUGUUUGCACGUAUAAGCAAACUUGGUUGGUUUGAUAAUGACAAAGAAGAAUUUGUGUUUAGAAAUGUUGUCACUGAUGUCACACAGUUUCUGCAGGGUAGUGUGGAGCAUUGUAUGAUUGGCGUGCAGCUCUUAUCGCAGCUAACAUGUGAGAUGAAUCAGAUUUCUGAUGUAGAUGCAAAUCGCUCUCUAACGAAACAUCGGAAGAUUGCAUCGUCUUUCCGAGACACACAGUUGUUUGAAAUAUUUAGAUUGUCGUGUUCUUUAUUGGGCACGGCCAGAGAAAACUGUAAAAAUCUGAACUUCAAUGAUGAAGCACAGCAUGGCCUUAUGACUCAGCUACUUCGCCUGGCACAAAACUGUCUUACAUUUGACUUCAUUGGCACAUCAACGGAUGAGUCAUCAGAUGACCUGUGUACUGUCCAGAUUCCAACGAGCUGGAGACCGGCAUUCCUUGACUUCACAACUUUGAAACUAUUUUUUGAUCUGUAUCAUUCCUUGCCAAAUACUCUUUCACCUUUGGCUCUGUCCUGUCUUGUUCAGAUAGCAUCUGUUCGGAGAUCUCUCUUUAGUAAUACAGAGAGAGGAAAAUUUUUAACCCAUCUUGUGAAUGGUGUGAAGCACAUACUCCAGAAUCCUCAGGGAUUGAGUGAUCCAAGCAAUUAUCAUGAAUUCUGCCGUCUGCUGGCACGACUGAAAUCUAAUUACCAGCUUGGUGAAUUAGUCAUGGUAGACAAUUAUCAAGAAGCUAUUCAGCUCAUAGCAAAAUUUACUGUUCAGAGCUUGCAGAUGUGGCAAUUUGCUCCAAAUAGUGUCCACUAUCUUCUAAGCUUGUGGCAGCGAAUGGUUGCUUCUGUACCAUAUGUGAAGGCUACAGAACCCCAUAUGCUAGAAACGUACACACCGGAAGUAACAAAUGCAUACAUUACAUCCAGACUUGAAUCAGUUGCUGUUGUUGUAAGAGAUGGCUUGGAAGACCCUCUUGAUGAUCUGGGUAUGGUACAGCAGCAGUUGGAGCAACUGUCAGUUAUUGGACGCUGUGAGUACCAGAAGACAUGCACACUAUUAGUUCAACUGUUUGAUCAGGCAGCUGGAGCCUACCAGGAGUUAAUGUCAAAUCCAAAUUCUCAGCAGAUUGACAUUACCAUACAGGAAGGAAGGCUUACGUGGUUAGUAUACAUCAUAGGUUCAGCGAUAGGAGGAAGAGUUUCAUUCAAUAGUAAUGAAGAACAUGAUGCAAUGGAUGGAGAACUAGUCUGCAGGGUGCUGCAGCUGAUGAACUUGACAGAUUCUCGAUUAGCCCAAGGGGGUUGUGAAAAGCUGGAACUAGCAAUGCUUAGUUUCUUCGAACAGUUUCGAAAAAUAUAUGUUGGAGACCAGGUUCAGAAAAACUCCAAAGUGUAUAGAAGAUUAUCUGAAGUUCUUGGGUUAAAUGAUGAAUCCAUGGUCCUUAGUGUGUUCAUUAGGAAAAUAAUAACUAAUCUAAAGUACUGGGGACGAAGUGAACAAAUAAUAUCAAAGACCUUGCAGCUGUUAAAUGAUUUGUCUGUUGGGUACAGCUGUGUCAGAAAAUUGGUUAAACUUGAGGAAGUACAAUUUAUGCUAAACAACCAUACAAGUGAACAUUUUCCUUUUUUGGGAAAUAGUGUGGCUGUAAGUGAAAUGCGAUGCAGAUCCAUGUUUUAUACCUCACUGGGUCGGCUUCUUAUGGUUGAUUUGGGUGAAGAUGAGGACAGAUUUGAUAGCUUCAUGUUACCACUAACUGCUGCUUUUGAAUCAAUUGGCACUAUGUUAGCAUCUGCUGAAACUCCACUUUUCGCAUCAGAAGAAGCAAAGAAAGCUCUAAUAGGGCUUGCACGAGAUCUGAGAGGACUGGCUUAUGCUUUUAAUACAAAAACGUCAUAUAUGAUGUUGUUUGAUUGGAUGUAUCCUUUCCUGCAGACAAGAUAUCCCAGUUACACCCCCAUCCUUCUGCAUGCUGUGGAAUUAUGGUACCACGAUCCUCAGGUUACCACGCCAGUUCUCAAAUUGUUUGCAGAGUUAGUACAAAAUAGAUCACAAAGGUUACAAUUCGACGUAUCCUCUCCCAAUGGCAUCCUGCUAUUCAGAGAGGCAAGCAAAGUAAUAUGCAGCUAUGGAACGCACAUAUUAAAUGUGGAUGUACCAAAGGACCAGAUAUACCCAAUGAAGUUGAAAGGAAUUUCUAUAUGUUUUUCAAUGCUGAAAGCUGCUCUGUGUGGUAGUUAUGUUAAUUUUGGUGUUUUUCGAUUGUAUGGCGACGAAGCCCUCGAUAAUGCUCUCAAUACAUUCGUGAAGCUAUUACUCUCAAUACCGCAGUCAGAUCUGUUGGAUUAUCCGAAGUUGUCUCAAACAUAUUAUGUUCUACUGGAGUGCCUUGCACAGGAUCACAUGAGUUUCCUCUCGACACUAGAGCCACGCGUAUUUCUCUACAUACUGUCAUCAAUCUCAGAGGGUCUUACAGCUUUAGGUGUGAACCUCAAUUUCUUCACAGACACAAUGGUGUGCACUGGUUGUUGUGCAACUUUGGAUCAUAUUGUCACAUAUCUGUUCAAGCAGUUAACACAAAAAGGGAAGAAGACACGACGAGGUGUUCCAGCACCGAGUGACGUUUUCCUCCAAGUACUUGAGCUACACCCAGAAAUUCUCCAGCAAAUUCUCAGCACUGUACUCAAUGUUAUUAUGUUUGAAGACUGUAGAAAUCAGUGGUCUAUGUCUCGACCUCUUUUAGGGCUCAUUUUAUUAAAUGAAGAGUAUUUCAAUCAGCUGAGGGAAAAUAUAAUAAGGAGUCAGCCACCAGACAAACAAGCUGCAAUGGCACAAUGGUUUGAAAAUCUCAUGGAAGGAAUUGAGCGGAACUUGUUAACAAAAAACAGAGAUAGAUUCACGCAGAAUUUGUCCAUGUUUCGGCGAGAUAUCAAUGAUUCCUUGAAGGGUCCUAAUAUGACUGCAGCAUCAGUGAGUGACAUGAUGACAUCAUAGUGACUAUGUAAUCUUUACCAGGAAUGGAGUGUGGUGUAACUGAAGUGACAGUGAUAUUGCAAGGUUGUUUUAAGUUGUGAAUAAAACAAAAUCACAGAUGAGCCUUUUUCUAUUUAUUAAUGCAAAAUAUAUAACCUAAGUAAAAUGAAGGCAAGUUUGGACAAACACUAUUUCAAAAUUUAUUUGUCGAGUGCCAGAUAUUCAAUAUAAAUGUGCCAUUGCUAUGUAUCACUGUAUCUUUGUUACACGUAUUUCAUCCUGGUAUUGUGCAGACAUUAAACAAAAAGUUGUGGCUGCCAAGGUGAACAUAUGAAAGACAUUUUCAGAAUGUGACUUUCAGAGUAUAUUGAUAUGCAAUUGUGUGUGAACACAGUGCGUAUAUUCGUUGUAAAGUACAUGUGAUUCUUAUAUUCUGGUUUUGUGAGUGUGUCUUGCCGCUGACGUGACAGUGUGAAUACUAGAGAAAAGAAUGAUUGUGGAAUUAAUUGUACUGUGAUUUGUUGUGAGAUUACAAUGUAUGAAAAUCUGGAAUUUACUGUGAUUGUUGCAGUGAAUUGUGGAAUAUUUGGUUGAUAAUAUUAUUAUAUGUAAAAAUGUCAGGAGAAUGUAUCAUUGUCACACUUGUUGUUUCUAUAGCUCGUUCCAUAAAUAAAGAACUUGCAUUCAACAUUUUUUGUUCCUAUUUGAAAGGACUGAAUUUUUACCAGGCACAAAUUGUUGUGAACUGCCAACAAGAGAGACGUAGCCAUGUAUGUUACUCUGUUAUUAUUAAACUGUUGUUAAGUGUCUGUAUGGACCAUUCUCAGUCACUUUCUUUUGUUGUGUAUCAAAGAAAAAAACCUUUUGUGUGAGUACUUUAUCUCAAAAUUUUGUUCUACAGCUGUAGACCAUUAUUCAUCAUUAAGAGCCCUAUAAAAUAUGUGACGCUUUUCUAUGCAUAGUGUUGUUGUUGUAUAUUUUAUAUAGCUUCUGCACAUGAAGUAGAACAUACUGUUCACAUAAUUUUAAUGUAAUAUAGUCUUAUUUUUGUAUGUAUUGUGCAUUGAUAAAUAAGAGCCAAUCCAAGAAAAAUCUUUGUGUCUUCUGGCUAAACUUGUACAAACCUUUGCUGAUUGCAAUCCAAAAUCUAAACCAAAUAUUAAUUUUC